CCAUUUUCCCGCCCUCCAUCCCGACGCUCCACCGUCCACCACAUCCAUCUAUCAUUGUUCGCUACACAUCCCUCUCGCCACGCACACUCCGCACUGUAAACCCCAGAUCUGCUCGCCCUCGGCAUGGAUGAGAUCGAGGCAGAUUCAUUCGGUUUCAGCGACGACUCCGCAGACAGCCCGACAUCCAGCUCCGACGAGUCAACUUCAUCUAUAACUUCAAGCAUUGCACGAGGAAUAAACGAGUACGGAAGAAAAUAUGCCUCGUACAAGAAUGCAGAGUACGGCUUACCUAUCGACGAAGAAGAGCUGGACAGGAUCGACCUGAAGCAUCGGCUAUAUACGAUGCUGCUGGAUGAGCAGCUCUUCCUGGCUCCAAUAGACCCUAAUCCCCAGCGCAUAUUAGACCUGGGGACAGGCAGCGGAAUAUGGGCGCUGGAUAUGGCAGACAAGUAUCCCUCAGCCGAAGUAUUAGGCAUAGACAUAGCUCCAAUCCAGCCGGAAUGGGUUGCUCCUAACUGUCGCUUCGAGAUCGAUGACGUUGAAGAGACAUGGACGCUUAAGGAGGAUAGUUACGAUUUUAUUCACGCCCGCGACUUCCUUUUCUCCAUUCACGACUGGCCAAGACUCAUCGAACAAUGCUACAGGCAUACCAAGCCAGGUGGCUACCUCGAACUCCAAUGCCUCCUGCCCGAACCCCACUGUGAUGACAACAGUGCCCCACCAGACAGCGGCGUUGUAAAAUUCAGCGAGAAGAUGUGUGAAGCGUCUGCAAUUUGCGGCUAUUCACUUCGGGAGCCAAACAAUUUCAAAACCUACCUUGUAGACGCAGGUUUUGAGGACACAGUUGAGGUCCGAUAUAAGAUCCCAACGGCGCCGUGGCCUAAAGACCAACGAAUGAAACUCAUUGGUGCAUUCGAAAUGCAAAGUCUUCUUCAGGGAGCUUCGGCAUUCUCUCUUAGGACGUUCUCAAAGGCGUAUGGCUGGUCGCAGGCGGAUACGGAGCUUUUCCUUACGGAUUUGAGAAACGAUAUUAGGCAGUUGAAGUAUCACACCUACUACUUCUUUGUUGUGGUAUAUGGACGGAAGCCGGAAAAGCGCUAGGAUAUAAAUAGCCCUGGCGCAAAUUGAAGGAAUUAAAUGGUGUAAAUGACAGGACUGAUGACCUCUAAUGAGUAUCUUUCUUUGUUUCUGUGCUAUUAUACAAGGAGUUAGGGAGUUAAUUUUCUCUAUCGCUGAUGGAAACGUUGGCUGUAGAUUGCGUAAACAGAUCUCGAUGCUUUAGUGAACGUAAAAAUUAGGGGGGCAAAGAGAAAUCAAAAUUACCAAAUAUUGGAAGUUAGCUAGUAAGAUAGAACCUGCUGAAAGACUAACAGCGACU